AUGCGAAAUCCCAAAUAUGCCAAUGCAGCCAUAGUUGAAGAAGCAACUAUAAUAGAACCUGAGAUGUUUGAAGAAGCAUCGCAAAGUUCUGAGUGGGUGACAGCUAUGAAAGAAGAGAUCGAUGCACUUCAGCAAAAUCAGACUUGGGAUCUGGUGCCAAAGCUAAGAGAUGUGAAACCCAUAUCCUGUAAGUGGGUUUAUAAGAUAAAACGUUGUCCAGAUGGGUCAAUUGAGAGGUACAAGGCACGAUUGGUAGCUCGUGGUUUCUCUCAACAAUACGGACUAGACUAUGAUGAAACGUUUAGUCCAGUGGCGAAAUUUACAAUUGCACGAGUCCUACUUGCACUUGCAGCCAACAAAGACUAG